CAAAGUGAAAUCAAGGCGCGGACUCGGACAAAAUAUAGUCCCCGUUUUUUAACUCGAAAUUACCGAAAGGACCUGCGAACCGGUGCCGCUUCGGACCCGUUCAAGUUCGUCCGAGUCCCGGGAAGCCGCCGUGCUGGACUCGAGCCCGUUCCGUGGGGUUUGGAGCACUUUUGGAGACGGGCGGAAAGUGGGUGAUGAGUCCCAGCCUGUGUAAAAAAGAAGCGAGAACUUGCUCUGCAGCCUGGAGUAGUUCUUCUUUCAAUUGUUAUUGUCGCUUUAAAAAAAACCUUUAAUUGACUUAAACUUGGUCUCAGUCGCGUCCAAAGUGGAAGAAAAGUGUUUUUCUGUUCGGAACAUGGAACUACAAGGCCUACAGGAGGCGUUGAAAGUGGAGCUCCAGUGUCAUCAGAACCAGACGUUGUGCAAAGGCCUCAAUGAGCUGCAGAACGGUCAGAAGCUGGCUGUUCGGAGCUGUCCCGUGGGGACCACCAAGCCGCUAUCGCUCAUCAAGCCCCCCAGCCAGAGCAUCGCCAUCUCCGUGGUGCCGGCCAAGGCUCCCGUUUCCAUGGUGACGGCACACAUUAACGGCCAGAAGGCGGCGGGGCCGGAGCCGCUGCAGACAUCCCCCAUCAACCUCCAGGCGGCCGGCAGGGCGACGGCCGGCGCCGUCCCCUUCAGCGGCGGCCGGAGAAGCGGAGAGCUGCUGCCUCCUGCCCAGAUGCUGGGAACUCUCACUGCUGUGCCCAUCAAGGUGCCUCAAGUCAGCUCGCUGCACCGGCUGGCAGGACAAGCAGCCACAGUGCUACCUCAGGUCAGGCCAAAGACCCAGAUCCCCGACAGUCUCCCCCACAGUCCCUGCCAGGAGCUGCAGCCGCUCAGCCUGCAGAGAGUCACUGCUGUGGUCAGCCCUAAGAGCCAGGCCCCCACCCUGCCCACCGCCAACAGCACCUUCAGCUCCGACCACCAGCCAAACAGCCAGAGCAACGUCUCACCCCCCUCUGCCCCGCUGCUCGCUCCAUCGGUCGGCCCCGACUUGGGCAGCCCCGCCCAGCACGCCUCUGCGGGCCCCGGCGUGGCCUACGCCAUCAUCGCUGCCUCCCCCACCACUGGAAACGGCGUGUCAUCCGUCAGCGAGGCCGUAAAGGUGAUCAUAAUCCAGCCCCAGGCCCCCAGCAGCACCGAGGGGUCCCCAGGGGUCCAGGCUGACCUCUCCUCUCAGGAGGCUCCAUCUGUAAAAUCUCCUCCAAAGAAGAAGAAGGAGGACCCGGAGAAAAUGGCCUUCAUGGUCGCCCUCGGCCUCGUCACCACGGAGCAGCUGGAAGAGAUCCAGACGAAGAGGCAGGAGAGGAAGAGGAGAAGCACAGCCAACCCGGCCUACAGCGGCCUCUUCGAGCCGGAGCGGAAGCGCCUGCCCUCACAUUAUCUGAACAGCUCCCUCUACCUGUCGGCACGAGAGGAUUUCUGCUGGAAGGAGGAGCUGGAGCAUGAAGACCACUGCGCCGUCUGUAAGGAGGACGGAGAGCUGCAGGUCUGCCACAACUGCCCCCGAGCCUUCCACCCCAGCUGCCUCCACCCGCCCAUCAAAAGCCCCCACAAAGGCCCCUGGUACUGCCCCAAGUGCCAGAAGAAGGUCCUGAACAAGGAGAACCUGUCGUGGCCUCAGAGCUUCGUUCAGUCCUACGUUACACACAAGACAGUGAGGCAGGAGGAGAAGCGGCGGCUGCUGAGACGGAACACCGAGCUGAAGAAGGAGUGCGCUCAUCUGGAGGAGCAGGACGAGAAGCUCAACAAGACGCUCAAAGUCUGCAUGGAUCAGAGGGAUCGGCUCCUCGGGCUGCAGAGGGACACUCAGGCGUCGCUCGACCGUCUAAAAACGCUCAUCAGGCUCAUCCAGCGAGACCAGCUGGUCCAGGUCACCAUGACGACCGUCGCCAAGCUACCCCAGCUGUGGAUGAAACCCACCAGCGCCGCGCCGCUUCAGCCGAGCCAAGACGACGUUACCAACUAGAUCCACCAUCUGAAGCGUUUUUCAAACCCAACACCUACAGUGCUUACGAGAUUUUUUUUAAGUUAUUUUCUAUUUAUUCUUCGCCUUAAUGUAUUUAUUACGAACCGCUAGAAUCCAGCGUCCGACGUUCCCUAAACCUGCGCGGUCAGGUGGCGGAGCGGCUGUACGGGAUUUAUCAAAGUAGACGUUCGUUUUCAUCCUCCUGUGAACAAAGUUCCUGCCAUACGACUUCAGGAAGACGUUUCCACGCGUUAACGCAGACGAGCCUUCAAACAAAACAGAGAACUACGAUUUUCUCAGUAUUUAUAGAGUAAAAGUCAAAGAAAAAAAGUAUUUAAGAUUAAGCUACAGAAAUUAGCUUUUUAGUGCAGAUUUUAGUAUUUUCAUGCUGAUGCCUGUUGAUAAAUGUAAGUUUGGAGUAUUGGAGGGGAUCACUGUACAUACGUGCUUUCAUCAUCAUCACAUCUGAAGUGGAAGAGUUUAACUUUACUUUAAGAUGCAGAAACAAAGCAGUCCAGAU